AUGACCACCACCACUCCCGCAAAACCCCCAAUCACAUGCCACGUCCUCGACACAACCAUCGGCCGCCCCGCUGCCAACAUCCCCGUAACACUGACUCUAUACCCCUCUUCCUCCUCUUCUUCCACCACCACCACCCUCACCUUCACCGCAACAACAAACACCGACGGCCGCGUAACCGCCUGGACACCCAGCACACCCUUCUCGUCGACAACCCUCGCCGAAGCGUUUGCGCAAGCAGAGGGCGACCAGCGGUACGGAUUGACGUUUGACACGGAGGCCUAUUUCGGGGACAAGGGCAUAGCGACGUUUUUUCCAGAGGUCGAGGUCAAGUUUGUGGUGAGGGAGGGCGCCAAGGCCGAGCAUUAUCAUGUCCCGGUGCUGUUGGGGCCGUUUGGGUAUACGACGUAUCGGGGAAGUUGA